UCAAUGCUCUGUGAUUUUAACCAUACAAUAUAUUCAAAUUAAUCUUUUCAAAUCAAAAUACUAUUACAUGUAAACCAAAAAGAAAAUAAUUAUUAAUACAUGCUCUUGUCUGGAAUUUAUAAUUCACAACUUUUGUUAUAAUGGAAAAUAAGAAAGAACGAAAUUUGAAGAAUGUUGAAGAAAUUCUUUCUUUAGCGAAACUAUCCCCUCGAGAAUUAAAACCAGUUUUCCAAGCUUUGUUUUUUACGGAUAAAAACUUACAUCAACAUAAUUAUAAAUUGUUACAAUUGGAUUCGCAAUUAUUAGAAGAAAUAAAUGUGGGAUCCAAAUUAUAUUUCAAAGGAGAAAAAGAUGAUGAAGUCGUUAUAUGCUCAGAUACAAAAACAUUUCAUGUUGUAGAAGCCGAAACCUCUAAUAGCUUAUUGUUAACACAUGGUGCAAAAUUUAAUAAGGAUAUUGAAGAUGAUGUAGAGUCCACAGUUACAGAUGUGACUGUGGCAGGAAUAUUUUAUGAUUACUUGGAAACUACAUUAAAUAAACCACAUUUAAAGAAAAUCGACAAGUUACUAGAAAAUUCUAUAUAUAAAGGACCAGAAUAUGAAUGUGAUGUAGACAUUAAUAAUUUAUUUACUUUUGAAGAAUUGUGCGAGAAGGUACAAGCUUCUAUCGAAGAAAUAAAAGAAGCGUUAAACUCAAUGACUGUUGUAGAAAUAAAUGGAAAAAUUAGAACAUUAGAUCUUGAGUAUCAUUUCCGGGUAUUAACAUAUAUGCUUAAAUUAAUUGAUGAAAAUUCAUGGGAACUUGAUGAAGUUGAUUUCCAAGAAACUUUAGAUUCAUUACAAACUUUAGUUCCCAAAGAGAUUCUCGAAAGUUUAUUUGAAAAAUAUACUGAAGAAUCAAAAGAAAUUGAUGGAAUACCUUUAUAUAAAUACAGAGAAGAUAAAGUGUGUACAUUUUUUGCUCAAGUUUUAUUACAUCAGACUGGAAAAUUUAAUUUAGAUGAAUUUCUGCAAGCUUGGAAAGAGUCUGUGCCUGAAGGUCUAAAGCCCACAGAGGAAAUGUUAUAUGGAAUCGCCAUUAUUGAUAGAAAAUCAGUUCCUAAUACUAUAAGGGCUUUUGAAGAGAGCAGCUUACCAGAAAAUAUAAAUGAAAGAUUUAAGAUUUUGUUCAGUGCUAAAGAAAAAUGGACUGUGCCAGAAAUAUCACCUUAUAUCAAGGAGACCUUAGUAAGCAGUGCUGAAAUGUAAGAAUCAAAAAUUUCUUCCCUCAUUUUCAAAAAGAUAGAUUGGUGGGAUGAUAGGAUUUAGCUUCGGAGAUCGGUCUUCACUAUGCUUAAGACAACUCUGAUAUCUUUCCAGGAAUCAGGGAUGGGACUCUAUGUGAAGCUAGCACUAUGAGCAUCUUCAUGAGGAUUGGUAGCGUUUUUGGAUUAGAAUCCAAUUGAUUUCUGGGAAUUUUUACGGCUUGAAGGAAUCCACAGCCCAUGCUAUAUUUUCUGCCGUAAAUACUUAGGAAGUAAUCAUAUGAGAUACCUGUAUUAAAUUUUUUACCUUCUGACAAGUCUGUUUCUUUCUAUAAUGAUGGAAACUGGAAAUUAAGUAAUUGAGAGAAGCGACAGUUUUUUAAUAUGUGUGCUAGUCCAGGUACAAUCUUCGUUUUUGAGCUGGCUGGGAUUUUGCAAAAAUCUCGCCACGUUUUCCUUUUAGAUUUAUGCAGCUGUACAAAUUAUGUACUUACCUUAUUUUUGUUUAUUAAAAUGAAAAAAAUUAAGACAAGAAUUGAAAUAAAUUUUGAAAAGAAACCUAAAGAUAAUACUUAUAUAUUGGAAAAUAAUCCUAAACAUUUCAUUUUAGAAAUUCUUCAUCACUGAUUUAUGAUGUUAUACAGGGGUUUACAUUUUGGGUCAUAGAAACUUUCAAAUAUAUACCCUAUACUCUUACAGUAUAGGGUUUGUGAAUGUUCGAAAUCAAUUUACUUUGUGUUUUGUAGCCAUUUUCAAAAUUUGAAUAUAGUAAUUAUAACAGUUAUACAGGGCUACAAGGGGUCGAUAUCAACCACUUUGAAUAUUCCUGUAAUAAAUGAUUUUUUUUUCAAAUUUUAGGCGUUUGACAACUGAGAAACUGGAUGUUAAUGCUUUAUUAGCGAAACAUGCUAGAGCUUCAAAAGUAGAUGGAAUUAAAUACUAUUCUGCAAAGCAUGGGAAGUGAAGUCCAAUAAGAAUUAAAUUUUGAGUUACAAUCUGAGUUUGAAUUAUCAAAUAUCAUAAAAACAAUCGAAAAUAUGGGAAAUACCAACAAAAAAAUGAAUAGAACUCAUUUAUGUUUAUUAUAGUGCCUCAUAAAGGGCAAUAGAAAAUUGUUUUAUAUUGUUGUUUAACAUAAAGCUUUUUUUAUAUCUCCAGCAAUAGUUUUAUGGAUUUGAAUCAUAUGUUUAAAUCUCCUAUACUCGUGAACAAAAGAAUUGACUCAAGUCAUACACUCAUAUUCAAAAGUCUAGCAGAAUAUCUGUAGAUUCCAUUCUUUCUCCGAUUUUAGCAACUCAAAGCCUUUAGUCUUAGCUUUAUAAUGAGUGGUCUAUGUUGUUAUCGAGUUACUUUUUUGGCAAAAAAAAAUCAAAUGGAAAGGAUCAUAAACAAUGAAAAAGGAUUACAAUAGUAAAGAAAAUACAAGUUUAAAUUAUAAUUUAUUUAGAAUUAACUUAUGAAUAUUUAGUAUUUUUUCUUCUGGUCCUAAUAACAGCUUUCAACCGCUUUUUUAUGGAUCGAUUAAGUUUAUUUACUUCUGAGGGACCCUAGUCCGAAGAAGUAUGUAAAUUUCCAUAUGACACCCUUUAUAUCGUGCUACCAUCUCAUAACCAAGCGUGAAAAUCUGUUAUCCUCUUCAUUGCCAUUACAUUCUCCAAAUACAAAUAAUGACCGUUAUGAAUGAUUUUGAAGAACUACUGUUGACGUUUCGAGUUAGCAAUCUUGUUUCAAUUUAAAUUUAAAACGCCGCAAUUCUUAACUAAUUAUUUCCCAAACAUUGAAAACAAGUUUUCGAAAGCUCAGAAUAUAUUAGAGUUAGUACACUUUGGUGUUUAGUUUUGCCACAUUCCCACAACGAAAACGCUCUCGUAUAAAUAUAUAUCUCAAAAUGACAAAAUGAUUUUUUUUAUAAUUUAGUAUUGAAUUAUAACAUGUUUUGACACAUGAAAAGAGAAAAGUCAAAUGUCAAAUCAACCUUGAAAUUAAAAAUAACAAAUAUUAAAAUAAUCUUCCUCUAGCAGUCUGGAUUUCGAUAGAUUUUGUCAUAGAAAAAAUCAUCAAUUUAUAAUUUCAAAGAAAAUAAUUGAAAAAUUGUAAAAAAUUAGUUAUUAGGAUAAAUAAGUACUGAGAUUAUUGGUUAUAAAAAAAAUAUAAAAUUUUAAAAUAUAUUUUGAAUAAACAUUUAAAAUAUUGACAAAUUGUACGAUAUGUGAACUAUUGAGAGAGACAGUGAACCAAAAGUUUAUUUUAAAAGUUGUAAUAUAAAUGUCAAUAUAUGUGGUUUUUGUAAAAAUAUUCGAAUAUUAAAAAAAUAGUUAUAAAUGGAAAAAAUACUGAUAUAUAAAAGAAAAGAAAAAAAGUAAAAAGGGGAAUCUAGAAGUGUUUGAGGACAAAGAAGAUAGUCGGGAGGUGUUUGUGUAUGAAGAAGACAUAGUCUUUGGGGGGAAAAUUUAAAAAUUUUUUAAAAACUUGUUCGGAUAUAAUAAUUAAUGAGAAUAAAUUAUAGUAAUGAAUUUAAAAAAAAAAUAUAGUUUAGUUCCUCAAUUAUAUGGAGUGAUAUUGUUUGUUGGUAACAUUGGGAAAGAAGUGAAGAAAUUCAUACAUGUGGGAUUAAUUAUAAACUAAAGGUUAGUGUUAGUGUAUUUAUUGGUACCAAUAAAAAAAAUGCAUGUGUCCAGUUGUACAUAAAAAAAUAUAAUAAAAUAAUUUUUUUUAUUU